CUCCUGCUGGUUUUGAGUUUGAGUGUGAUGGGAGUGGCGUGUAUACUGGAUUGUUCCUUAAGGACCACAAGGAGCACCCAGAGGACCUCCUAUAGACUGGACCAUCAACAGGAGGUAUUUGUCUGUGUAGUAUGUCUUGGCACAUUAUUAGUUCAUUGUUAUAUUUUUUAAGUUAAAUAAAAGUUUUGUUGUUGCAUUUAGUUGAUAAGAGACAAUGAUAUAAUGUAUUUACUGAAAGAUUUUUAUAAAUGACUUUCUGUCCUUUUAAACCUGUAGUAAACAAUAUUAUAACGACUCUUUGUUUUGAAACAAAAAUGCAAACUAUAUAGAUGCUAAAACAUUGUAUUGACACGUCUUACUCAUCAGGAACAGCCGCAGACAGGAGGACCAGCCGGAGGAGCACCCACAGACAGGAGCAUCUACGGGAGGUAUUUGUCCUGGAAAUAUGUCUUGGAGCAUUACUUGUUCAUUAUUGAAGUAAAAUUAGAAAAACACGUGUUGGAUUUUUUUACUUAAAGGCUAAAGUUUCCUUUUGCUUUUAGUUGAAAAGGGAAAAUGAUGAAACGUAUUUACUAACAGAUUUUUAUUAUUGUCUCAAGCUUUUUAUAUACCAGUAGUAAAUAGUAGUAUAGGGAAUUUUUAUUUUCUGAAACAAAAAUAAAAUCUGUAUAGAUGCUAAAACAUUGUAUUCAUUGACACGUCUUCAUCACCAGGACCAGCCGCGGACAGGAGGACCAGCCGGAGGAGCAAGGUUAAAGUUUUAUUUUUGCAUGAAAGUGAAAAAAGUGAAAAUGAUGAAACGUAUAUUCUGACCGGUUUUUAUAAAUGUCUUUCAUGCCUUUUUAAACCGAUAGUCAAAAAUAUUAUAGAGACUUUUUACUUUCUGAAACGAAAAUACAAACUGUAUAGAUGCAAAAGGAUUUUAUUGGCACAUCUUCAUCACCAGGACCAGCCGUGGACAGGAGGACCAGCUGGAGGGGCACCCACAGACAGGAGCAUCUACAGGAGGACCUGCCGCGGACAGGAGGACCAGUCGGAGAAGCAGCACCCACAGGCAGGAGCAUCUACAGGAGGACCAGCUGUGGACAGGAGGACCAGUCGGAGGAGCACACAGACAGGAGCAUCUACAGGAGGACCAGCCACAGACAGGAGGACCAGCUGGAGGAGCACCCACAGACAGGAGCAUCUACAGGAGGUAUUUGUCUCGGAAAUAUGUCGUGGAACAUUAUUUGUCGAUUUAUUAUUGAAGUAAAAUUAGAAAAAUAUCUUUUGGGGGUUCUUUUUUAUAUCAAAGUGAGAGUUCUAUUUUUGCAGUUAGGUGAAAAAGGAAAAUAUUGAAAUGUAUGUUCUGACAACUUUUUAAAAAUGUCUUUCUGACCUUAUAAGCCAGUAGUAAAUAAUAAUGUAGCCACUGUUUUUAUUUUCUAAAACAAAAAUUCAAACUGUGAAAAUAGUGUAAUGGUAUAGGUUUAACGCCCCCUAUCAACACUAUAAGGUCAUUUAAUAUUGUGGGGCAUCCAUCUCCACAAGGACCGAGCCAAAUAGAAAAUUCGUGUAAAGUGCCUUUCCCAAGGACACAACGUCACACCGAGCUCAGAAUGAAACCCUCAAACUCGCAAUCCCAUGAUUACAGGUCCUGUAGCCUAUCCACUAGAUCACCGACGCUACCAAAAAUACAAACUAUAGAUGCAAUACGAUUAUAUUCAUUGACACGUCUUCAUCACCAGGACCAGCCACGGACAGGAGGACCAGCCGGAGGAGCA